CCUCUCUUGCUGAUGUUGUUGAGACACAGCUAGCCCAGUCUAUGGCGAGUAAAAAAGUGUCAAGCAAUGAGCACGUCAACAGCACGGUACAAUUUCAAAUUUGAUGCUAACGGGCCGCGGUCUCUGGCGUUAGCACAAUGUCAGACCUACUUGAUCCUGUGACGAGUUUUUUCUUUUUUUCUUUUUUCAUUGCAUUUAUUUCUAUUGUCAUUAUCAUGGUAUACAUCCCUAAAUCCAUUGUCUGUCUACAUGUGAAUAGACUUCUAUUUUCUAAUCGUAAACAUUUCCGCCUUAGAUAUACCUAGUGGCUUCUCAGCUGAGAUAGAUGAGAUCUCAGCAAGCAUUAUACAUACUACGUUAGAUUAUGCUGCUUCUCAGCUCGGGAUUUGGAAUAAUUCAAUUCUUUCUCAUCCGUAUUCCGGUCAUCCGCAAAGCCACCCGAGCUCGUUCCGGAACUAGUACGCGGUACUUCUGAUUUGGUUCGUACUAAUGGGUCCGUCCAUAUCUCAGAGGCUUAUAUGUGGGGACCACGACAGGGGAUGCCCUAAUUUGUCCAACUAGACUCUUCUUAGGUAACUACUACCAUGUCCUCUGCCAAUGCAAGGAAAAAGGAAUUGAAAAGGGAAAAAAAAUCAUAAAUGGAAAAGGGAAAGGCCGAACCGCAGUUCGAACUAGGAAAAAAGGGCCAUACUAGGCCUGGAACCACUAGAGCUCAGGUACCAAAUAAA